AGAAGUGAGCUUUGUUUCCGAAGGGCGAAGAGAUGAAGCGAUCGAGAGAGGAAAGGGCUUCGGCCCCGCGAGCGAAGCGAGUAGCAGGGUACAGAGGAGAAACGGCGACAUCUGAUGCAUCCCUGCCAACAUCGAACAACAACAUCCCUCAACGGCUCCUGACCACGGACGAUGCUCCUGCAUUUCUGAAGGCGGUGAAAGAUGUGUUCAAGGAUGAGAAAGAUAAGUACGACGAAUUUGUGGAGGCGGUGAAAGAUUUCAAGGCGCAACGAAUUGAUACGGCGGGCUUGAUGAUACGGGUUAAGGAUCUUUUCAAGGGCCACCGAGAACUCAUUCUCGGGUUCAACACAUUUCUGCCGAAGGGUUAUGAGAUUACAAUUGCAGGGGAGGUCCUGCAGCCUAAGCCUCAGAAGCAGCCGAGAAGUGAUAAGGCCAUCAACUAUUUCAACAAGAUCAAGACACGCUUUUCAAAGGAUAAGCACGUGUACAAAGCGUUUCUGGUGAUUUUGUAUAAGUACGGAAAAGGCAAUAAGUCAAUCAGUGAAGUGUAUCGAGAGGUCGCGACGCUGUUCAUAGAGCAAACAGACCUAUGGCAGGAGUUCACGUACUUCAUGCCACAUUUUUCUGGGCCCACUCACCCGAACAUUAGUCGCGCCGUCGAGAAUUCGGAUUGAUUCAAGGCAGCCAGAUACACGCGGAGAGGGUAGUUAAGAGGUAAAAGAUUGGCUCCUACGAUGCAAUAAUACGUGGGGACUCGGAUCUUUCGUUGUAAUUUCAACAUGGCCUUGGUUAAAGCAGAAACUCAUUGAAUCGACUUCUAUGUGAACUAGUUAUCGUCAACAUUGAGGGACUCGAAAAUCUUCCCAGCGAAGGACACCAAAAGGUCUGAAACUUGUCCCAUCACAGUGGUUGUUGGGCACACGAACUUGAAGUUGAGAUAAUACAAUUCAAAGGCUUCCAC